UGAAGGAAAAACAAAACACUGAUUUCCCGAGAACCGCGAAAAGGUGGAAGAAGGAGCGAAGAGAGAAGAGAACACAGCUGAUAUAUGUGACUCUGGUUCUUUUCUUUCUUUCUUUUUUUUUUUAAACUUUUGGCUCUUGUGGCUGUGGACUGUGGUUGCUUCUCCUGCGUCGUUUUCCGACAACCUUUGAUCGUUUUCGGCUGUUUCGUGACUGGGUUUUGAUCAAAGCUUGGAGCUUUCCCCAGAAACUUGAUCUGGGUUUCCUUCAUUUUGCCCAAGAAGAUGAAUCUUUACGAGAAAUGCACCAGUGAUGUUGCCCAGAUUCUGAGAGGAGGAACUCUCUUCGUGCUCCUCGUCUUGCAGUUUCCAGUUCUUUUCCCUCAUUUUUUCGGUCUCCUCAGCCACGCUGCUUCUUCCAAGCCAUCUGAAUGGAACGCCGUGAAACCUAGGCAUUUGUCUCUGCUCAAGAGUGCAGUGCAACGUUCCAGUGGAGAACAGUCUGAUCUCUGGAGGCCUUUGACUGAUCAAGGAUGGAAACCGUGCAUUGAUCCAGGAAAUGCCCCUUCAAUACCAGAGAAAUCAGAAGGUUACAUCCAGGUGUUUCUCGAUGGAGGGCUGAACCAGCAGAGAAUGGGGAUAUGUGAUGCAGUUGCAGUUGCAAAGAUACUAAACGCCACUCUCGUCGUUCCGUAUCUCGAAGUGAAUCCUGUUUGGCAGGAUUCCAGUUCGUUUGUGGAAAUCUUUGACGUGGAUCACUUUAUUGAUGUAUUAAAGGAUGAUGUAAGGAUAAUCAAAGAACUGCCUGAAAAAUUCUCAUGGAGUACGAGAGAGUACUAUGCCACAGCAAUCCGUGAAACCCGUGUGAAGACUGCACCUGUCCAUGCUUCUGCCAAUUGGUAUCUCGAGAAUGUUUUGCCUGUUCUUGAAAGUUUUGGGAUUGCUGCUAUUGCCCCAUUCUCACACCGUCUAUCCUUCGAUCAUUUACCUCCGGAGAUCCAACGGCUGAGAUGCAAAGUUAAUUUCCGGGCACUGAGGUUUGUCCCCCAUGUUAGAGAACUUGGCGAUGCUCUUGUAAGUCGUCUUAGAAAUCCGUCAUGGAGAAACAAAGAACAGAAUGUGGAUCACUUGACGGAUAUAACCAACUCUCACAGCAGACAAGAACCUGGGAAAUUCGUUGUUCUUCACCUCCGGUUCGACAAGGAUAUGGCUGCUCAUUCUGCCUGCGAUUUCGGUGGGGGAAAGGCUGAGAAACUGGCGUUAGCCAAAUACAGACAAAUGAUAUGGCAAGGAAGGGUACUCAACUCGCAAUUUACAGACGAAGAGCUGAGGAGCCAAGGGCGAUGCCCGUUGACACCGGAAGAGAUGGGCCUUCUUCUCGCCGCUCUCGGUUUCGACAACAACACCCGUCUCUAUCUCGCAUCCCACAAGGUAUAUGGAGGGGAAGCUAGGGUUUCAGCACUAAGGCAAGUGUUUCCAAGAAUGGAAGACAAGAGAAGCCUUGCUUCAUCAGGGGAGCGAGCUCGUAUCAAAGGAAAGGCGUCUCUUUUGGCAGCGGUUGAUUACUACGUGAGCAUGCACAGUGACAUCUUCGUCUCUGCCUCUCCAGGAAACAUGCACAAUGCCCUUGUGGGUCAUAGGACAUUCGAGAAUAUGAAGACCAUAAGGCCAAACAUGGCGUUAAUAGGACAGAUAUUCCUCAACAAAAGCUUAACCUGGAUCGAGUUUCAGCAGAAAGUGGGUGAAGGGCAUGUGAACAGACAGGGCCAGAUCCGUUUAAGGAAGCCGAAACAGUCGUUAUACACUUACCCUGCUCCUGACUGCAUGUGUCACGUCUGAUCCAUCUCAUCUCUCUCUCUCUCGUUCUUGGUUGGCAGAGGAUCCAUGGCUAUAGCGUACACGAUAGUGAGAGGAACAAUAAAAUCAUUCGCGGGUUUGAUGCGAUGAUACCUAUUUAUUCACUACGGUAGUUGAGGAGAGGCCAGUGUGUAGAUAUAGCUGGUUUUCAUAAUAUUGGAGCGGGAAGAUAUGUUCAUGUUUCUGAUUUACGCUUAGGUUCUGUCUUUUCUUCGGAUUGUAAUAAAUUCUGGGAUUCUGUCCAAUCAGAAAAACGAUAUCAGUGAUGAUA